CUCAGGCUUGGUGUGUGACCGUGGCGUGUCUGGCGGGCGUAUCCCGUCUCUUGUGUGUAUAUCUGUGUCUGGUUUCGGCUGUCGUUCCCUAUUCGCGACCAGCUCAGCCUCAGUGGUUCUCCACCAUCUUCAUUGAACAAAAUACAGGCACGCAAGACACGGACAUAAGAGGCCGGAGUGGAAAAGAUCUCGGGAACCGACUUGGCGGGGUAUAGAAAAGGAAGCGUUUUUCGGCAGUCUCCCACCGAAACCUCUUGCGGUCUUUUGGAGUUUGCACAGGGAGAAGAAAGCGAGGGGUGUGGGUGGCGGAGGGGAAGACAACUUCAAUAUAAUCUAGCAGAAAUAAAGCAAAACGGCUUAGGGGGUGGGGGUGCGUAAGGGAGAUUCUUUCGGAAGUUGGCAGUGCCUCCGGCCCCCCUCAUCCUGAGAGAGUGGCUGGUUUGAGUAGUCCAAACACUUGGCCCUCCACCCACAAACCAAAUCCCCUCACAUCGGAAGACAAGCGGGGGGGGGGGGGGGGGAGAGAGAGAGAGAGGGAAGGAAGGAAGUCAUGAUGACCCGCCUGAGGGGAAUGAACCUUCGGUAGUGGAAAUUUUAGAUUUUUUUAAAAAACCACAGCCGCAGGAUGAAAAAGAAAUAGAGAAAUAAAUUGAACGGGAGCCAGGCGAAAGAGGGAAAUCUAAAAUCAACGCCCGACAAAACGAAGAGUUUGCGAUGCAGCUCCCAAAGACGGUUUGAGAAGGAAAACACACACACACGAAAUCACACGCCAUCGGCCGAAAACCUGCGCUUGGAAGGAGUAAAUUAUUUCGAGAAGAUUAAAAGUAAAUUUGAUCGAUCUCGUUUCACUCGAGAGGGGGGAGGGAGAGAUAAAAAUACCCACGUACUGAAGAGGAAAAAUUUCAGGCGACAAGUCUGCGAGGAAAUAUAGACAAAAAGAGUGAAACAAUUAUUCCGUCAAGAGGAGAAGAAAAAUCAUCGUGGUCAAGGGAAGGAGUCGUAGGGUUUUUUCGUUCCCAUUACAGCAAGUGAAUCCCCCAACCUUGCCCCCUCAACCAACAUAUGAUCGAAGUUUUAUCAUCAACAGCGAUCGAACAAGCGGGAAUUUUUAUAUCUACGCAGAUGAUCCUGAACAUUUUGUUCCGUGAUCGCGAGGAGAACAUUAGUUGAACAAAAAUAGGAAUAUAUUUCAUCAAUCCCACCCAUCCGCGGUUCGUCUGGACGCCCGCGGCUUUUCUUUUCCGCUGGAAUUUUUUUAUAAAGACAAAAGAACAGCAACAGCCGAGGAAUUAAAAGGAAGGAAGUAAUAAUUCUAUUUCUGUGUGUGUCUAACCGGAGCGGGUUGAGGAGUCCAGACCGAGUAGGGCAGGAGGCGAGGAGCUGAAUUUUACCGGACCAUCGGGUGGUUGUGAGCGCGAGCUGGGCCAGCGGAUUUUCAAAUCGCGGCCUCCGCGAGGGUAUGAAACCGUCGUGAGCUGUCGGCGUGGCGCGGCUGUGCUGUCACUAACAGCCGGGGCUGAACUGGGCCGAGCCGCAUUCCCCCUCCUCAUUGUUGUACACUGCUUCGCUUUGCCCUACAACACCCCCCAACCACCCCACCCCCGCAACUCCGGGUCGGACAUGGCCGCCUCCUUAUGCCUGCUGUUCGUCGGGAUUCACGCCGCCUGGGUGAACGUCGUAGCCUGUGCCCAGAGUGGCGAGCGGCUUUGUGCCUUUAAAGAUUCGUAUUCUCGCUCUGAACCUCAGGGCAUCAGUGAGGAACGUAUUAAUCGGGACAAUGGCACCGUCUUAUGUGAGAAGGGAAGUCAGUGUUAUGGACUAUGGGAAAAGAUGCAGGAUGGAGGGAUCCGCAUGAUGAAACAAGGUUGCUGGGCUCAUGUUGGAGAUAAGGAAGAUUGCUGCUCCCCAGAGUGUGUGGUAGUAAACCACAGACAAAAUGGGACUUUCCGCUUCUGCUGCUGUAGUACCGACAUGUGCAAUGUCAACUUCACAGAGAACUUUGUCCCAUUGCCUGACCCAACGGAAACAGUACCACCCAGUACUUGGAGACCGCACUAUAAGGAGGAGACAAUUGUAAUCGCAUUAGCAUCAGUAUCAGUUGUAGCUGUUCUGAUUGCAGCUUUCUUCUUUGGGUAUAGAAUGCUUGCAGGGGACAGGAAGCAUGGACUUCACAGCAUGAACAUGAUGGAGGCUGCACCCUCUGAAUCAUUCCUGGAUUUGGACAGUCUCAAGUUACUUGAGGUGAUUGGCCGCGGUCGCUAUGGUGCAGUAUAUAAAGGGUCAUUGAAUGAGCGUCCUGUUGCUGUGAAAAUCUUCAGUGCCUCAAACCGUCAGAACUACAUCAAUGAAAGAGACAUAUACAGGCUCCCGCUGAUGGAGCAUGAGAACAUAGCGCGCUUCAUAGUUGGUGAGGAAAGAAUAUCGAGUGACGGCAGAACGGAGUAUAUGUUGGUGAUGGAGUACUAUCCCAAUGGCUCAUUGUGCAAGUACCUGAAUCUACACAACAGUGACUGGGUUGGUUCCUGCCGACUGGCACACUCCAUCACCAAGGGCCUUGCCUACCUUCAUACAGAACUGCUACGAGCGGAUCAGUAUAAAUCAGCCAUUACACACCGGGACCUCAACAGUAGGAAUGUGCUUGUGAAGAACGAUGGAACUUGUGCCAUUAGUGACUUUGGUCUUUCCAUGAAAUUGACUGGAAAUCGACUGGUUCGACCAGGGGAGGAGGAUACUGCAGCCAUCAGUGAGGUUGGCACAAUCCGUUACAUGGCACCUGAAGUGCUAGAGGGAGCUGUCAAUCUGCGAGAUUGUGCCUCUGCUCUCAAGCAGGUGGAUAUGUAUGCACUAGGCCUUAUCUACUGGGAAAUAUUUAUGAAAUGCACAGAUCUUUUCCCAGGAGAAUCAGUGCCUGACUACCAGAUGGCUUUCCAGGCAGAGGUGGGGAACCAUCCUACUUUUGAAGAUAUGCAGCAUUUGGUCUCCAGAGAGAAGCAACGACCCAAAUUUCCUGAAGCUUGGAAAGAGAACAGCCUGGCUGUUCGAUCACUGAAGGAAACGAUGGAUGACUGCUGGGACCAAGAUGCAGAGGCUCGGCUCACAGCUCAGUGUGCAGAAGAGAGGAUGGCGGAACUCAUGGUUAUGUGGGAUCGAAACAAGUCUGUGAGCCCCACGGUCAAUCCAAUGUCACAAUUUACUACAACAGCUAUGCAGAACGAACGAAACCUUUCACACAGUCGGCGAGUGCCAAAGAUGGGACCCUACCCUGAUUAUUCCUCUUCCUCGUACAUUGAAGACUCCCUUCACCAUUCCGAAGGGUUGGUGAAAAAUAUCUCCACAGACAACUCCACAUCUGGAACCCCAUCGACCACCAGUGAGAAGAACCGUAAUUCCAUCAACUAUGAAAGGCAGCAGGCUCAGGCUCGUAUCCCUAGCCCAGAAACUAGUGUCACUAGUUUGUCAGCAACAACCACCAACACAAACACUGCAAGCCUCACCCCCAGCACUGCUAUGUCCACUAUAUCAGAGACACAGUACUCUGAGGACACCAACACACAGGCAGGAAAUUUGCUACCACCCCUGGGCCCCACCCCAGUGUGUCUGCAACUGACUGAGGAAGACCUUGAGACUAACAAGCUAGAUCCUAAGGAGGUGGACAAGAACCUCAAGGAGAGCUCAGAUGAAAACUUGAUGGAGCACUCCCUGAAGCAGUUUAGUGGGCCAGAUCCUCUCAGUGAAAGCAACCCCAGUUUAUUGUACCCUCUAAUAAAGCUGGCAGCUGAAGUAACCGGCCAUCAGGAUUUCUCCCAGCCGAGCACCAGUCAGGUGUGCUUGAUCCCUGACAUCCCAGCCACUCAAAUAUAUCCCCUACCCAAACAGCAGAACAUCCCCAAGAGACCUACAAGCCUUCCACUCAAUACCAAAAAUGUAGCAAAGGAAUCGCGGCUGAAAUUCAGCAGUAAGCAUAAGUCCAACCUCAAGCAGGUGGAGACUGGGGUGGCAAAAAUGAACACCAUAAAUGCAGGUGAGCCCCAAGUAGUGACUGUGACAGCAAAUGGCAUCAUCGGAAGAUGCCAUGCAGGGAAUCCACAUCCAGUAAUCAAGCAGUAUGUUAAUGGCUCAGUGUCUGGUCCUCAGAUGUCCAAUGCAUCAAGCCUCCGGGGCCACGAGAUCCUCCAGUCCCAGUUUAGUGGUGAGGACAACAGAGUGAACAUAAACUCCAGCCCGGACGAGCACGAACCACUCCUGAGGAGGGAGCAACAGGCCACACGUGAUGACGUUAUUGCUGACCGACUAAUGGACAGGAGAGACCGUCCACUUGAUCAGGGGAGAACAAACUCCAACAAUAACAACAGCAAUCAGUGCACCGUGGCAGAGGGAGCACUGACCAACGGCCAGGAUCAUCCAAUGGCACCAGUAGCACGGCGGCAAGGGAGGAGAGCUGAGCGGCCGAACUCGCUUGAUCUUUCAUCAGCCAAUGUGUUGGACAACUAUAGUACACAAUGUGAGACAGCACGGGAGAAUAAGCAAGCUUCCUCUGGAGACAAGAUCAAAAAGCGAGUUAAAACCCCGUACUCCCUGAAGAGAUGGCGGCCUUCUACAUGGGUCAUUUCAACAGAACCCAUUGAUGGUGAGGUCAACAACAACAGUAGUGCAGUAGGGCGCUCAAAAUCCAGCACCACCGUUUACCUUGUUGAGGGUGGCAGUAGGGUCACUGCCACAGCAACAGUCGGCAGAGAAACAGGAAUGAACUGCCUGUGAAGCUUUGACUUUUACUUUAUACAUAGUAAUGAGAAAGAGAGAAGACACAAAUCUGAAGGGACAACUAUUCCACCCUUGAACUCCCCAUCCGACUCCUCUUUCCCCAAUCAAGACUUGCUUUAGAGAUAAGCUAUGCAGCAGAAGCUUAAAAUAUCUAAUAUUUGGGAGCUUGUUUUUGUUUGUUAUUUUACCUUUUGUCGCACUUUUUUUUCAAAAAGGAAAAGAGUUAAUCUUUAAGUGAUGCCUAGCCAGAGGCAAACACUGUAUUUUACAGGUGUUUCGGUAAAAUAAGUAGCACAUGACUUGGUCAAUGCUCAUUAGUGAUCAGCUGCCCCUCUUGCUGACAGUGUACAAGUGGUUCCUCAAGGCAUAUUUAACUAAUGUUGAACAAUGUGGAAAACUUGUUUUCUUUUGUCUUUCCUUUGAUACUAUUUCUGCAGCUAUUCUGAUUCUGUUACUGGAUUAUGAAACGUACACUACCCCUUUUUCAUAAAAAAAAUUAUUGUUGGAAUGUGCAAUAGGCUUAGCUUAGUAAUUCUUUUGAAAAAAGACAAUUAUUAUUUAAAAGUUGCAUCUCUGUAUAUCACUAAAGGUUGCUAGUAGUGCAUGGGCUGAUGGUGAUCUUGUUUCUCUUCGCUCUCCUUCCCCUAAUCCCCAUUUCUGCUGGAAACCUUUGCUGGUAUGACAUGCAUGGUCCCCAAAUGUGGGAAAAUAGUGACACAUAUCUCCCUUCCUUCUCUGUAAAAAUUUCCGUUACCCUCUCAGCCAUCAGGUAUCUGACCCAUCAGCACACAGCUAAUGUUAAUAGGCCACGCACUUCAACUCAAAACAAGCCCACAAAACCCUGUACUAAAAUUGUUUUUGAUACUGGUGCUACAUCUCUUUUGAAGCUUUAGUGCUGGAAACAUUCCCUCAGCACCAUUUUUUUGAUGCACCAUUUAUUUUGCACCAUCUUCUCAUGCCUUGUUGAGAGGCUUGAUCUGACAAACUGGAUGAUGUGCUAAGUUAGGCACUGGCUUUUCUUCUCUGGAGUAUGGGAACAAAUCCAGUUCUGGAUCUCCUUCUUAUUUUCCCGGGAAGUCAGACUCUUUCAAUACAGUUUAUAGUUGUCUUGGACUCACUGUACAAAAUUGUCCCUAACUGACACUAAAAUUAAAACCUUACACAAAGGGCCGUGUUAUGAUUGAUGUGGAACACAGAAAAAGUUUCUGUUGUAGUAGGGGCAUGUUGCAACUGUGUCACGUAGUUAGAACAGAGACAUGAGUAGGUUAAGGUAUAAUCUAUUUCUAAGGCAUACUGUGCCUGCCUUGGAGCACUGGAUAGGUUAGUGUAGAGUUAUGUUUAAUGUGUUUAUCCCAUACCUUUGUGGGCCUUAUGAGCAUUUAGUCCUGACUCUGGGUGCCCGAAGUGAAAAAUGUUCCUUUCUACAGCACUCAGUCCUUGUCUUGAAAAGUUCACAAAAGAUGGUGACAUUCAGCUGGCCUAAUCCAAGAUAAAAGUUUAAAGGGAACUUGCUGCUCUAAGUUCUGCUGCCCACACUGCACCCCAUACCUUUGGUUUUUACAAAAUAGGGAAGCGAGAAGGGAUUCUUGCUUUGAGAUCUCAGUUUGAAGUUUGUUGCACUGAUUUGAUUGCUUGCUUUAAACAUUGGUGCUGUGGCUUCUCCAAAUCUAGUUUAGAAUAUCACUGACCAUUUGGACUUGCAGCAUCAUUAAUGGAGUGGGGAGUUGAUAAAAUUGUGGCUCAUGGGUUAGAAACACUUGCAUCCAUUUCAAAGCUUUUCUCUCAGAAUUGGAUUAAUAUUAUAUAGGCUACAGAAUAGCCUGCACAUUUGUUAACAGUUUGAUUCUAGUGGAGCCUAUUAGCAGGACAGAUAUCUCAUACCCUCAGUCAGAUAGGGCUGAAUAUAAAUUAUAGAUCUGUUUAAAAUAUUGCCUUGAAUCAUGCAUGGUUUUGCAACUUCUAUUAUGAAGGCUUGGAAUACGUUAACUGUACCAGUAUCAAACUGUUGUGAAUUAAAAUAAGUGAUCUCAAUGAUUCAGCUGAGUACAACUUACACAUACAGAUGUCAACUGUGGUUACCUGAUAGAAAGUCAUUUGGUUUGUGCACAGAGCCAUUCGGACCCUGCAGGGCCAGAUUUAAUCUUCAAGUUUGAACUUGCUAUCUGAUCUCAGAUGACGCAUCAGUUUGGAUGCUAUGAUUGAAUUCUCAACUGCGAUCCCUUAAUAUAAGACUCAGCUCGUUGUUGAUGGAUUCCAUGGAGAAGUAGCCCUCAUUCCUGGUAUGCAAAGAAUCUUCCCUAGAUUGUGACAACAAAUGUUGGCUAGCCCCUACAGUUAGGAAAGGAGGGCAACAACGGAGAAAGACUAAACUGUAAUACAAGUAUUUAUAUUGUGUAUAGUUAAUAGUUAGAGGAAUUUCUACCAUUCACAAUCUCUGUGAUGUGGGCUAGUAGCAGGGUGAGUUAAGGAGAGAAAUGUGCCAUUUGUUAGGUGGGUGGGAGUUGUUACUGGCUUGGAUUAUUACCCAUGAUGAAACUUAGCAGAGGCCCAUAUCAAAGGGUUUUUUUUUAAACUGACACCCUUGGUGAUGGGCCUUUCAGACAGGAUUGACAAAUUGAAAACCUGACCCUAGAGUGUUAAGCCAGGUAUUCCAAACCAUCUGCCAUAGCAACUCUGUUGAUUGCAUGUGAUUGCAGUUAGAAUCCCCUGAGAAGCCUUGCAAUGUAACAAAUCCUGGAAAUCUGAGAUCUAAAUAGACAACACCAGAUCUGUUGCCAGUCAAGGAAAAAGACAGGAAAAUGUUUUGAAUUGUAACCCUUCACCAGUGGCAAGAAGGUCUCAUGUCAUUACUGACAGACUGUUGUCUAGACAUCUUUCUGACGAAUAUGCCAGCUCAUUCAGGUUGAGCUCAAUCCGAACACUGCUUGUCUCAUUUUCGAUGACCUUCAUUGGAUGGGGGUGAUGGGAAGAGGGAGCAGAUUAUCCUUUUAAUAGUAAAGUUUAAUUCUCAAUCACAGCAGAAAUCCCUCUUAUUUAAAAUACUAAAAUGUAUGGUUGGUGCAGAUAGCUUUAUAACCGUUGUCGUUUGUCAGGUUCUGCAUCGGUGAUGUUUAAUGGAUUUAAGGAUUAAAACUCAAGCCUGUCCUUUACUACAUUUAAUUAGUAUGCAAAGCAGCAAUUGCACUAGUUAGAUAAGUGAACAGGAUUAGCUAGAAGGCAAUACCUCUGAUAGUUUACCAAAUGAUGACUGUGUUCCUGUUGCCAAGAUUCAAUCGGGGCUGCAGGAUUUGACUCUCAAAUGGAAUGCAUUCAGAUGUGAAAACAGAGCUGGCCCUGUGCGUGGACGGCCUUGCAGUUGAACACUUCACCAAUAUUCACGGUACAAACCUGUGUGUGUUGUGAAUGAGGUGGGGGCGUGAUAACUUCUGGUGUGCUACUGGAUGGUGAACAGUGCUUGUGGAAUGGUUUUCAGUAAAGGAAGGAGAGACAAUUUAGAACGUGUUAGGGGCAGGGAAUAUUUUUGAUUAGAGUAGGUAGUGGAGGAUAUGUGUUAGAUUUGGGGAGUAAAUUCAUUUUAAGUAAGUCCUGGAAAUACUUCCUGUGGCUGUCUUUCUGUUCCAUCCCAGUAUGUACCGGCGGCAGUGUCCAGGUGUUGGGGAAAUAGUUCAAAGACAUAUCAGGUAACUUUAUUAACUUAAUUGGAUUGUAGUAUUGAUUAAUAACUAAAUCCUAGGCCCGUUAUUGAAGCUUUGAGACUAUGACCCCAGGGCCAUCAACUCCUUCACAAUCCUUGCUUUUUAAAUACAUAAAUGUGUUAACUACUCUCCAGCAUAACACAUCAUUAUAAGAGUAUUUUCAGUUAUUACAUUGAGGUGCUAUAAAAGUUGAACGCAUUUUAUAAUUGAAAUUGAUUUUUUUUGUUUCCAUUCCCAUUACUGAUUGUGCAUAUCAGAGCACUCUGUGCCACUGCCCAGUGACUCCAAGUGAACUUUGCGAAUUGUAACUUUUCUCAGACAUUCCUCUCAGAAUUUAAAUCACAGUCUUGGAAUGUCACCUCCAGUAAUGUUUAAUGAUGCAUCAGCCUGUGUCAUCUAAUAAUUCAAAACUAAAUGUUUUGACAUCAUCGUCCACUCGGAUAAAUAUUGAUCGGGCAGAUGGGGUGUGUGUUUUGUAAAGUUUGUAAUGCAUGGUUAUUGUAAUGUUGAAUGUGUCUGAAUGAAGCUGUUCAAACUACUGUUAUCUUCAGAAUUAAUUUUUAAAAAGUCAGCUGGCACUAUGGGCAACUGUAAACCACAACCUGUUUUCUAUAAGUGCUGUAAGUAAAUGCUUUGGUAACCUGGAGUUCCAAUAAUCAGAGGAGAACAGAGUUUACUGGUAUAGCUUUCUGACUUAAUUGAGGUGACUAGCUGGCUGUAAAAUCCUGCAUAUUAAAGAGUAUAUUCAUGACAAAGCCAA